AUGGAGAGCAAGUCCAGCCGAGAUUAUCUCGUGAUCGAUUACGGCCAGGGGAAAGCCGCGAUCGAGAUUUCUCCUACAUCGACACUCGCCGAUGUUCGAAACUCGGUGCUGGAAGAGUUUGACGACGACAUGUUUCCCAACCAAAGAAACCAACAGUGGGGCUUUUGGAUCAACGGUAUGCGAAUCGCAGUCAAGCAGGAAGCACGCAAACUAGCUUGGAACUACUUGACGGAUGCCACUGUGAGCAUCCGUAGCACUAAUGUCAAGCGAGCUCUCGUGGCCCAACCUGAAGACCCCGCGACAACGGCCAAGAAAACCAAGACGGUCACCUUUUCUGUUGAAGAUGCAACUGCCUCGGCUGCUGCGAGAGCAGGUCCAGAAUGUUCUCCUCCAACUGAGGAGGGCACUCCCAACGAAACCUUCAGAAAAAUGGAUGUCAAAGAGUCCCCUCCGGCGAAGAACUUUAGCUUGGCCUUUGAGAAGGCGAAGGCAAAGAACAACCUCCUGGAUGAAGAUGCCACUGCCUCGGCUGCUGUGAGAGCAGGUCCUAAAUGUUCUCCUCCAACCGUAGAGGGCGCCCCCAACGAACGGAGCACUACAAACACAAGGUGCAUCUCAGCCGACACCGCCAAGAAGGAAUCAACCAAUCUGGGAAAUGAGAUCGAUUCAACCGAUGACGUGGAUGUGCCUAUUACAAUCACUAUCGCGAACUCAUCGAGCGAUGAAGAAAUGGAUGUCAAAGAGUCUCCUCCUGUGAAGAAUCCUCACAUCAACUUUAGGUUGGCCUUUGAGAAGGCAAAUUGUUGCCAAGAAGCGAAGAAGCUAUUGAAAUCGUCACGUCCUCAGACUAUCAGUGGUGUCUACGGUGGCACGGGAGUUCUGCAGUGGCAAGUCGUCGUUGUUGAAGCAGAAGAAGAAGAGCAAUCCAUAUCGGAAGAAGUCGCCGGCAAAGAAGAAGUUGCAGAAGCAACUGGGUUCACCCCGUCACACCACAUCUCCUGCUCGCCCCCACAACAGCCCAAAGUGGGAGGAGGAAGACAAGAAACAAGCGGCGAGCGACGCCGGGGACGAAGGCAAGGGACGUUUGGUCUUCAAUCCAAUUAA